AUGCUGAGAAGGCCGCUCGACGCUCCGGACCUGGUCCAGCACCACGCAGAUCAGGAUCACUUGCGUCCUGAGAGCACAUCCCCAGACCAUGGGGCCCUGCUGCGGCUGCUAGGCCAUGCGGCUCCGAUGAAUUACGUUCAGCCAGACUCUCACUCGUUCUCGGACGUUGAGAAGUCAAGUAUCUACACCGAAUGGAUCAGCAAGCCGCACAAUCUGGUGUGCUCGGAGUGUCGGCAUCCAGAUGAUCUCCUGCUCUGUGAGACAUGCUGCCGCUCUUAUCAUGCGAGAUGUCUACCGGGAGCGACGGCAGCCACGGCGUCCCUGGUUAGCUUCCACUGCCCAUCGUGCAAGGAGAAGCAAUGGGACCAGACCCCGCCCCCGGUCAACCCGCUGGUGGUCUCUCCCAGUGCCUCUCGCAGCAGCACUCCCAGCGGCAGCGCAAUGAGCAUGUCGCCUCGCACCGCGAUCGCGAACCGCAGGGCGCCCGUGGCACUCGGCUCUGGUCGGUCAGCCCUGCAGAGUCCGUCCCUGCCAUCCUCGCCAGACGCUGGUGGCCAGCCACAUCCCGGCGUCCCGAAUGGAUCUGCCUCGCCGUCGUCGGACAUGGUAUUCCGCGCGCGGCAGUUUCUGAUCCAGCAGGGCCAUUUCCCCGCGUCGCAGGACUUUCGGCCGGAUCUGUUAUUGAAGCUGGGCUCGAUGAUGGUCGAGCUGGACGCCCAGCAGCGUCUGCUGCAGGAGCUACGAGAGCUGCGCGAGGAAAAUGCCGCCUUGCGGAGUGACCUGCUGAACACGAAGAAGCUCUUCGGUACUCGUAUGCCGGUCUUUGAGCCGAUUCUCAAUCCUCCUGUUGCGAGUGUCUCGCCCGCGAUUCAGCCCCCCGCCGAUACGACUGGCAAAUCAUGGGACAGGAUCGUGAUGGAUUUACUCUGA